AUGAGUAAAGAUAACAAUUCUAGAUUAAGUAGAACUGAAGAAGGAACAUCUCUACGGGCCACUGGAAUUAUUUCAUCUGAAAACAUUGAAGAUGGCCAAGCCUCUUCAGGGUCAAAUGAAGAUGACAUCAACCUGCAAUGUACAUCGGCCAAUAUGUAUAAAAAUUCAAAUGAAUUUAAUAAAGACCAUAUGUUUGUUAUCGUGGACUCUAGUUGCGUAAGUAAUCCUAGUUCCACAGAAAUAUUAAUUAACAAAAUAAAUGUUCUCAACGAAGUUACUCUUAAGAAAAACCAAAAGAAUAAUGUAAUUCCUAUUGAUACACCAUGCACUAGCAAAGACCAAUCUGAUAUCCUGCCAACACAAUUACACAAUUGUGAAUCUCGAGAAGAGUUGCAAAUGGUUGAGAUCAAUUUACAAAGCGACAAUGAAAUACCCAUAGCUGAUAAUGACGCUGAAAAUGAACCAGAAUCUAUAGUCAUCGCUUAUCUUCGCAACAGAGAAACACUUCGUGACAAUGAUGAAAUAUUUACUACUAGAAAAAAAUCAUUGUUUGAAAAUGUACCGAAAAUGGAGACAAUACUUGAGGAAUUAUCAGAAAAUUCGCUGGAUGUUCAUAUUCCAUCAUACCCCGGGUCUCCUCGAUCUCUUAAUGUUGGAUCUGGUACAUCUUAUACUUCCGAUAUUCACCAAGACGAGCGUUUAAAAGAAGCUAUUGAAUUUCUCCAUGAAGACAAAGAGUUUUUAUUAGCAGCUGAAAUUGGGAAUGAUAAUUUACUAGCCAUUUAUAUUAGAAGAGGAAUGGCUAUCCAACAAGUUGAUCAUCUUGGAAGAAAUGCGCUUCACCUAGCAGUUUGUUCCGGUAAUUUACGGGCUAUUAAGUUACUCUUAGAUGCUGGCGUAGACCCAAAUGUAAAAGAUAAUGUUGGAAUGACUCCUCUCUCCCUAUCAUUAAUGAGAAGGUAA